AUGAAUGAAACAAGUGAACCAAAUGGCAUUGGCGCGCUUACUUUUACUCCUUUCUUUUCGGCCAACAUUAUACUUGCUGUCCUCUUCGCUAUACUUCUAUCUGUACAUAUGGCACUGACGGUUCGGUAUUGGCGCUAUUACGGUUACGCCUUCGGUAUGCUUAGUGGCCUGCUCUUGGAGCUUCUGGGAUGUAUUGCCAAAGUCCAACUUUCACAUAAUCGAGCAGAUAGAAGUUCAUAUAUCAUGUACAUCAUUGGCCUCACGCUUGGACCUACGUUUCUUUCGUCUUCCCUAUAUCUCAGCAUCUCUACACUCCAGCGACAACAUGAAGCAUUCAAGUUGAAAUCAACCAGCCCUCGUACUUUCUCUAUCCUUUUUAUUCUUGGAGAUUUCAUGUGUCUUUGCUUUAUUGGGGUAGGCGGCUCUCUUGCCGCUAUUUAUGCAUCGAACCCAAUAGGCGUUGACCUGAUGAUUGCGGGAUUAGCCAGCCAGGUGGUUUGGACGAUGAUAUUUUGUAUUCUUCUCGCAGUCAUAUAUUUCAAAGCCAGGCAUAUGACUGUUGGAAAUAUGAAUUACUUCAUACUUGGUACAACAGUAGCAGCCGCUUGCCUUUUUAUUCGCUCAUGUUGGCGGGUCGCUGAACUCAGUGGUGGCUUUAAUGGUCCUCUGGCCUCAAAAGAAGGGGUUUUCGUUGCUCUAGAUAGUGUUCCGAUUAUCCUCAUGUCAGCUAUGCUCACCAUGCUUCACCCAGAACUUUGGUUUAGUGGUGAUAGUGCUCAAGUGGUAAAAGCUGAGCAUGACUUGCGUCCUUUCACGGAGGACCAG